CUCACUCGCGUUUGGUUGUCCCAGCGCCAAUUUAAUAAUGAUUUGCACGAAAUAAAGUUAGUCUCUUUGUUCAUUCCACCGGAUUAACAGCUCGUCCUCUCAGAAAUAAGCGCAGGUAAAACGAACACUCCGUAGCCAUGGAUGAUGAGAAAACAUCAGCCAGAGUGGUUGUGAAAAAUACCCGCGGGGCUGAACCACUGGAUAUCGUCGAUGAUUUCCAGCGGCGCAAGCUGGUGCUGAACAAGCACUGGGUUCGCCCAAAAUUCCUCCAGUACAACUACAUGUACAACUACCGCCAGAACUACUACGAUGACGUCAUAGAUUAUCUGGAUAGACGGGCUCGCGGAAUGCCCGGUGAUCCACCGAAGCCCCAAUACUGGGCCGAGCGCGUCCUGCGAACUGAGAGAAAAACGCCAAAGAGUGUCGACGCAAUGUACAACUACACCAACAUCGGUCUGAAACGGGAUGACAAGAAGCUUAUGUACACUCUAAGUAAUCAGAUUACAUCGUACAAUUUCCACUCCAAGCGCUACAUUAACAGCAAAUAUGCCAGAAUUUUGUAAAACCCAACUAAAGCAUCCGGCAUACCACAACGAAAAAAAAUUCGGAAACUCGCUUUAACACCAUUUUUGUCAAACGCUUUCAAAACUACCAAAGGCGGAUCGGAGUAGGCGACUGUUCAAAGAUGCUCCUUAACGCAGCAACCGGCGCCCUCAAAACUGCCUGCAAAAAAAUAGCAAAAUGAAAAAAAUACAUUUUCCCGCUAUUUAUCCCCCUCCCAAACGGAGACAAUCCCCUUCCUUUCCCUCAUUUCCAGGAAAUCCUUUUCCCAACGAGAAGAACUUUCAAACUACCUUUUACUAACUCUAAGAAGCUUUCAUAAAAAAAAAAACAGAAAUAACAGAGAGACUACAAACAAAAACGAAAACAUGCAAACGACAAUCUUAUUAGAAAACCCAUUUUACUCGAGCACAGGGGGCAAAACGACCUCGUUGUUACAGUAGAACCAUUUUGUCCUGAUUUUAAACGGAAAUUCUAAAACAUAACCUGUAGCUAUUUGCAUAUCUUAGACCUUGUAGACGCAUAGAAAGAGACACGUUAAAAAUCCUUAGACAAUUCUAACAAAAUGAUUUGAUUUCUUUUUUCUUUUUCUUAAACUUAUAAAAAUAAGCGCGCACUUUAACCUAAGAAACGAUUUUUUUUUUUGAAGCAAUCAUCCCAAAAAAUCUAUAUCAAUAAUUGCUAAUUGCAGAAUGUUUGAUUUUUUCUUCACAUAUUUUAUCUCUUAUAACCCGUUUGCUUACUGAUAUUCAACUAAACCAAAUAUUAUUAUUCGCAUACCCAAUAUAUAUAAACGACGUUUUUGAAAACAUGUUCAAUU